GUCUUGUUUUGACUGCCUGCGUAAACAGUUUACGGUGAUUUGCGUCAAAAGAAAAACGCGCACGUUAGGUUGUUAAAACGCGAGAGUGCGCAUGCGACCCGCCGUUUUCAAAGGACAAAUUCGCGCUUCUUUGAGGCGACGCGUCCGUCUUUGAAAAUCGUCCGAAAAGUCCGCUCGCCAAUUGCAUAUGUGUGACAAGUGCGUGACGUAAAAACCCGGCGAUUCCCGUUAAUACAAAUGAAUCAUCGCAAACAAAACGUGAAAGUCAACAAUAUGAACAUUGCUUUUUUUUCAAAUUAAUCCGGAAAAGGCUCGAAUUCUUCGAGUAAUUUUCACGCUCGUUUUACAAAAAAAAAACAUCGAGUAGGUUGCGGGUUACUCGAGUGAAACGUGUGAGAAAUUCGGUGGCCCCCCAAGAAAAAACUCGUCCUCUAUGCAUCUACCCGUUGGCUUGACAAAUUGCUACUCGGUGUCGGAAGAAGCCUGGCCGAAGAUAUCGACGAUGGAACCCUCGGGGGGUUAUGGUAACAAUCAGGAUCUCUGGUGGACCGAACACUUAAUUCACGAGAUACAGUCUGAACAUCCCGGUGAAUUAGUUCGUACAGGUAGUCCGUAUUUGUUGUGUUCACAAUUGCCGUCGCACUGGAGAUCGAAUAAGACGCUUCCGGUCGCGUUCAAAGUGGUCGCUCUUGGUGAUGUCGGUGAUGGAACAGUCGUUACAGUCCGCGCCGGUAACGAUGAGAAUUACUGUGCUGAGCUGCGAAAUUCGACGGCCGUCAUGAAGAAUCAGGUUGCCAAAUUUAAUGAUCUCAGAUUUGUGGGGAGAAGCGGACGGGGAAAGUCGUUCUCGCUUACGAUCACCGUCUCCACCAACCCUCCGCAGAUAGCGACUUAUAAUAAAGCAAUUAAGGUGACGGUGGAUGGGCCUAGAGAACCACGAUCGAAGACGAAUUCGCCCAGUUUUCCGACCUCUUCGAAUUUUCCAGGUGCUACACAAUCGUAUAGGGCGUUAGGAUUAGGGCACCGUCCAUUCCCGGACGCGCCGUUCACGUCGCACUUAAGAGAACUGGAGACGCUAAGGCGGAGGGCGCCAUCGUCGCAAAGCGGCGACGGUUCGCAAAGUUCCUACAAAACAGACUCGCAAGAUUCGACUGCAUUAAACGGACCCACCCCCUCGCACUGUCCGGCGCCCUGGCCGGAGUACUCGGCGCCCUAUACGCCGUACAGCCCCCCACAGCCGAGCGGUUACUACGAGCCCCAUCAGGAUCCGAGCCAUACCUCCACGUUACACCUACCCACCGUACUUCCCGAGGUUCCAUCUCAUGAAUUCAUCAACACCUCACUCGCCUCACCCUCAGUAUUUCACAACUCAAAGGCCGGAAUAUCGGGAACGUCCGAUCUAGACCCGAUGUUGUGCGGAAGCCCAAGGUAUCCCGAUAACAACACCUAUUACCCAAACAACUGGGGAUCGAAUCCCACCUACCCCAACAACUACAAUUACUACAACACGCCUAACAACAAUCAACAACCCUACAUAAAUUCGGGCACCCCAACGAUGGUCCUUUACCCUCACCUUUACUCAACCGUCAACCAAAACCAAAUCCAUCUGCACCUCCACGGGAACGGCGAAAAAUUGGAGUACAUCAACACGGAUUCCCUAAGCUUGAUGCCGACCAGAAGCAGCAUGGAUUUGGAACCGGCUUCGGCAAAUUCGGACGUACCAACGAAUCAGCAGAUGGCGACCCAAGUCCCUGGCCAAGGGCAAAUUGAAGAAGCCGAACGCGGCGAAGUGCAAUCCGUUACCGACCCCUCGAGCGUUUGGAGGCCUUACUGAACUGAUUACUUUCCCCUCUCAAAACCAAAUUGGUAAACGAAACCAAAAAUAUUUUCCUACGCUCACGAAGACAUGCAAUUGUAAAUAGACCGUUUCUGUUUAGGAAAAAAUGUAAUUAAAGUAAUUCAGAUACAUACAUAUCAAGCUUAUGUGAUUGUAAAUACGUCAGCGGAUAUCUUAUAUCCGCCCUAUGUAAUAAAUAUUACUUUAUAUUGUAUAUAAUAAAGCCGAUACAUGUUUUUUA